ACCUUACAGGCUGGAACUUGCCUUUUGGCAAAGAAAAAGCAUAUCUCAGCACCAAGUGCACUGGGCACACACUUUGCUUUUUUACUAGGAAAAAAAAAGGUCCUCCAAUACAGCUAUAUAAGAAUGGCAAAGGGAAGACAGGACGUCAUUUGAUCUAGCUGCCCUUUUUAGAUACAUUGCGAACAAAAUGAGCUGGUAUUCUGUCAGCAUUACAAACAUUCCCCAACCUUCCGCCAUCCAGGGUCUUCAAACAACAACCUCGUUCCCAGCGCUUACUUUCCGUUCAUCACCAAUCUUGCCAAACACCGACUAUGUUUUCGGCCAUAAAGACUUUAGCGAGCUCCGUGCACAGAUAUAUAUCUGGCUGGAACAACUUGCAGCUCGUAAAGAGGCAGGAAAAAAGCUCCGCAUUGGCAUAACGAACGAUUACAAGAAAAUUGCCAAACGUGAUGGCGAAACCACCGUCGUCGUGAUUGGUAAAGUCAAGGUUUCUGGGUCCUGGCUUAAGGGAGGCAAGCAGGCUGAAUACAUUGCAAGGGCCAUUAAGACGUGCUUGGUUGAUGCGGCGUGGAAGAUAUUGCCCGAGGAAGGGAUUGUUUUAGGGGACGAUGAUGCUAAUCGGAAGGCGGGCUUGAAGAAGGCGAUGUACAUAUAUGCUAUUUGGUAGUCGGACUUGAACUGUAUAUACUUUUACUAUUUAAUCUCAAUUUAUAUAUUCGCGGGAA